UAGGUUAGCCGCAUUAAACUGGUAUUUUCAAUUAAAUAAUUUUAUUAUUUGUAACUUGUACAUCUUUAAACACUUAACGUCUAAAAUUACAUAAUAGCUUAUCUUGUAAUAUACUCGUUCAUUCACUAAUCAACGCAUUGGCAGGCGUAGAUAGAUCAGUUAACCUAAAUGUUAAGGUGUUUCGAAUAGUUUGAACUAAAGCUAAAUUAAAACCCCGUUUACAAUGGAUGCUGAUUAUGAUAAAAGAAUCGCAGAGCUCAAGAGUAAGAUCAAGAGCUAUCCCGACUUCCCUAAGAAGGGUAUCCUGUUCUGGGACAUAUUCUCAGCCAUAUCCGACGGCCCCACAUGCCGGUUACUCCAGGGCCUGCUAGCCGAAACAGUCCGCAGCAAGUUUCCAGAUGUUGAGGCAGUAGUGGGGCUGGAGUCCCGGGGCUUCUUGUUCGCGUUCUCGCUGGCUGCGGAGCUUGGGGUGGGGUGUCUGCCUGUGCGGAAGAAGGGCAAGCUGCCGGGGGAGGUGGUGUCGUAUAAAUAUGAUCUGGAGUAUGGAUCGGAUAUCUUGGAGAUCCAGAAAGACUCAAUCCGUUCCGGCCUUAAGUGCCUCAUUGUAGACGACCUCAUUGCUACCGGUGGCUCCCUGUCUGCUGCCGUGAGCCUCCUCAAGACCACAGGCGCCGAGGUCUCCGGAUGCUUGGCAGUUCUGGAGUUGGUGUCACUAAAUGGUCGCAAAAACAUUCCUCAAGGUAUACCUGUGCAUUCUUUGGUCAAGUAUGAUUAGCAUUUAAUAAGGGAGCAUUUAAACUGUUAAUAAGAUCAGCUAGAUACGCUUAAGUGUAGCUAUCAGGAUUUUUAUUAU